UGCGUUGACAGCAAAUGUCACUCAUUCAGUUUGGUUAUGUGAACAAAACACACAAAGUUGCAGGACAAAAAUUGAACACAAUUGAUUUUUCUGAUUUUCUUCGUUGGAUUUAACGAUGGCUGAUAUUGAGGAUGAACAAGAAGAAAGUCGCAAGACAUUGACGCUGUUUGGCCGCGAUGUUUCGAAAAUACCGUGCUUCCGGGAGAGUUUCCUAAAUGGAAUCAUCGGUGGUAUAGCCAUCGGUGUUGGUACAUUUAUGCGAACCUCAAGGCCACGACAAGCUUGCAAUUAUGCAAUGGCAUCGUACACAUUGAUAACACUGUCCUACUGGUCAUAUUGCCGAUACGCAUGGUCGAAGGAGAAAUUCUUUGUGGCGCAAGUACAAGAAGGCAUGAGACGACACGCAAUUUAUCAGGGAACUGACUUAGAAAGAGAAAUCCGAGAAGAAUUUGAUAAAAGUGAACUUGAUGUUAAAGAUGCAUAGUGUAAUCAUUUUCCAAUUAGCUGUUAAAGAUUAAAGAUACAUACACGUAUAUUUUGAGUUCAAAAAAAAAUAUUUAUUCAUCACUUC